AUGAAUUUUAGAUUGUUAACUAAUAAACGUCCACGGCUUUUUCAUACAUCAUUGAGGUAUAAUGAACAAAAUUUUCGCGCAAACCAUUGCUCCCUUCGAUUAUCAUCAACAAUUCGUCAUCGAUUCUGCAAUAAAACCUCCUUCACCCCUCAAUUACUUUAUCAAGAUAAAUCUCGAUCUCUUUUUCAUCAUCCUAUUGCAUUUUCAUAUGCGCGUUCAAAAUCAUCCUUUCCACCUUCAAGGCAUUAUAAACCUCCCCAAAGGGUAUUAAAACAAAUGAUUGCAUUUAGCGGGGCGGCACUAACAUUUUUCUUUUUCAAACCAAUGCUUAUGUUUAUAAUAAACGGAGCUGUUGCUUUCGGUACUUAUAAAUUAUUAAGAAGAUUACUGGAUAACUUAUUUCCAACCAUUGAUAUCGGAAGACAACGAAUUUUCGGUUUCAUUCCAACGAAUACACAAUCAAAUAUCGAUAAAUUAUAUUAUAAAUCCGUAGAUCAAAUUAAAUCGGCUAAUUUAACUAAUUUAAGUGAUGAUUUUAGAUUUUCUAAUCCACAUUCGAUUUCUUCUAAAUCUGUCGCAUUUGGAUCAACAGGCCAUAAAGAAACUAUUUUUAGUAUAGGAUAUUUUGGUUUUCAUAAUGAUGUGAAGGCCCUUGUAAAGGUUGAAGGGAUCUUGAUGCGUGAUGAUGAUAUUAUGGUAAAGAAUAUUGAAAUGUAUUUCCCAAAUGGCGAAAUCAUCCAUAUUCCUAUAGGUCAACAAAAACCUCCGAUUAUUGAAGCAGAAUUUCGUGAUAUUGAAUAG